AUGGGAGAAAAGUAUGAAAACAUCAAACAGGAGUACGAUAAAGUCAUAAGUGGACAAAAGCAAAAACCACCCCGAUGGAAGGUUUGCACUAAAAACGCUACGCAGUUGAUGGAAUAUGCAGCAACAGCAUUAUACGUAAAGAAAGAGUUGCAUGAGGAGGACGUACUGGAAAUUGCCAACAAUCUUCGGGAUGAAUUCCGCAAAAACCUCGAAAUCAAUGAUUGGAUUGAUGGUGAAACCAAAACUAUAAAAAUAAUUCGACCGAACAUUGUUCUGCAGGAAGCUUUGAAUAAGUUGGAUAAGAUGCUGCGUGAGGUAGCUUACCCAAAAUUUGUCCAAAAAAUAGAAAGCCUCGAUAAGUACUACAGUGAUUUGAACGUGAGUGACACGGACUCGUUCGGUGAAAUAGUAGAAAAAAUAACUCGAUGGCAAAUCAAGGACUUCUUCGAACAAUUAAGGAGGAUCGUUUCGUAUCCUUUAACCCAACCGAUAUUACUGCCGUACAAUACGCUCAAGGAAGCAACUCUCUGCGUGAGCUCAUUGCAUCUGUCAUGCAUCGUCCCCCCAUAUUUCAAAGUUGCUUUGAACUAG